ACUAAUUUUGUGGGUGCAGAUGCGGAGUUAAAACGCAUGUUUAAGGCAUCCUCAAAAGAAGUAAAAAAUCUGGCCAGUCUUCUAGCAAAAGAUGGUACAGAUUGGAGUUUUAUUCCACCUGGAUCACCACAUUUUGGUGGUAAAUGGGAAUCAGUUGUAAAGUCAGCCAAACAUCACAUCAAAAGAGUCAUAGGUGAUCAUAAACUCACCUACGAGCACUUCAGUACCUUUCUGACACAAGUUGAGUGUCUACUCAACUCUAGACCAUUGUGUCCAAUGUCUGAGGAUCCUGAUGACCUCCAGGCAUUGACACCUGGUCACUUUCUCAUUGGGGAACCACUUAAUGCUGUGCCUGAGCCAUCAGUGUUAGAUGUCCCUGACAAUAGACUCAACAAGUGGCGAUUGUUGAGGAAGUUUAUGGAGUCAUUUUGGGACAGGUGGUCGAAGGAGUACUUGCAAAAGUACUUGGUCAGGUCAAAGUGGUUAAAGACAUCUCCAUGCAUUAAAGUGGGUACAAUGGCUUUGGUCAUUGAUGAGAGAUUGCCACCCGGUAAAUGGGCAUUGGCACGAGUAACUGAAGUGUUUCCUGGAGCUGACGGAUUAGUCAGGGCAGUCACUGUGAAAACACAAACUGCUGAGUAUCAGAGGCCAGUGGCUAAGUUAUGUGUCUUGCCAAUUGAGGUCACAGAUGAGGUUGACAAUUAAUUUGUCAAGGGGGGAGAAUGUUCACGCGAGCUCCUCUAAUGUGUGUCGUCACAGAGAUGACCAGUAACCACUGCGCAUCUCUGUUUUUCACUGCCCAAUCAGCGCACACUAGAGAAGCUCUCAUGUCGUCACGACAACGCUCGGCUUACACCGUACGUUGCCGUAACUAUUCGAGUCUCUCGUUCAUCAUCGAGGAUCUCCGGCCAACUUCGAGUUCAACAUCAAGCAAGUCUCCAAGCAGCGUUCUGGAGUCACUUGCGUUUUGGUUAUUCUACAUUACACACCACAUUAUUUUUCAUCCUUUUAUACCUGGUGAUACACACCAAGUAUAAUUACUUUUGAGUUAUUUUCACGUUGGGCAAAAGGUAUACAACCUUUUGCAGAGUAUAUUUAUUGAGUAAUAUCACCCUUUUGUAUAUAUUUUUCCCUAUUAAAUAAACGCUAUUAUUUAACCACAA